CUCUCUGAUCCCCUUUUCUACCUCCAUCUGUCCUCUUCUCAGAUUCUAUCCUCUCGCUCACCGGAUUAAUCGCUACUAGCAUAUCCUUGACCUUCUCUCACCCUCACAGCCGACUACUAAUCUCUUUCGCAUUCCACGCCAUGGGCCGAUUCGGUUUCAAAAAGUCCGGGGACGACGAGGAGGAUUCCGGCAACCGUCUGGCACUUUUCGGCUCCAGAUCGAAGAGCAAGAGCCCUGCGCCGCCUGCCAACCCCUACGCUAAACCUAUCCCGACCGAUCCUUACACCAAGGCCAAGAUGCAGGCGGGUGUGGCUCCUCUGCCUGCCGGAGAACAACCGCCCGCAGCUGGCCCCUCUGGUGCUCAUAAUAUCCCCGGAGAUAACAAGUAUCAAGGGUAUGCGCCGAAUCGAUAUGGAAACCAAGGCGGUUAUGGAUCCGACCGCUUUGGUGGCGGGGGUGCUGCUGCCCCUGCCGCUUCUCGGUACGGCCCUGGCGGCUAUGGAGGACUAGGUAGCGCCGAUCCCAAUGACCCCGCGGCUGCGGAUGGCAACAGAGAUGAGCUUUUUGGAGGGGCUCGGGAUCGGGCACAACAACAACAGCAGCAGGCCGGCCCUCCCCCGCCUUACUCCGAGGGCGGAGCUGCCUAUGGCGGAGGCAGCAACGAGUACAACACCUCCACUUACCAGGAGCGUCACCUUACUGCUGAGGAGGAAGAGGAGGAAGAAAUUCAGACCAUCAAGCAGGACAUCCGGUUCAUCAAGCAGGGUGACGUCGCCUCAACUCGCAAUGCACUCCGUGUGGCUGCCCAGGCCGAAGAGACGGGUCGUGAGACACUUGCUCGUUUGGGUGCGCAGGGAGAGCGUAUCCAUGAUGCCGAGAAGAGCUUGGAUGUCGCUACAGUCGAGGGACGGAUCGCGGAGGAGAAGGCAAAGGAGUUGAAGACACUCAACAAGAGCAUGUUCGCUGUUCAUGUGUCCAACCCUUUCACCAGCUCCCGGCGCCGGCGAGAGCGUGAUGAGCGGAUCUUGAACACGCACCGCGCAGAGCGGGAAACUCGCGAGGGUACCGAGAAGGAGGCUUUCAAGACCAACCAACGGAUGGAGCGCACAUUCAGGGACAUUGACAAGGAGGCGGCCAAGCAGACCACACGCAACAGGACCAACAUCACUGAUCGUGCCAAGUACCAGUUCGAGGCGGACAGCGAGGAUGAGGCGAUGGAGAACGAGAUCGAACAGAAUCUGGAUCUGCUUGGAGGAGCUGCGAGCCGUCUGAAUGGCCUUGCUCGGGCGACAGGUCGCGAGCUGGACGAACAGAACCGUCAUUUGGAGCGUAUCACGGCCAAGAGCGACUUUGUCGACGACCAAAUCGCCAUGAACCGGGCCAAGCUGGACAGAAUUCAUUAGGCUUGCCCUUAGAACCAUUACUGACCGCCUGGUGCCGUCGAAUUUCUACUGUGCAUAUCACCACUUGCUACCAUAUCCUUGGCGUUUUGGGUAUUAUACUACAUUAUGCUUGCUAUCGGCCUUUUGGCCAUUGUGUUUCGCAUACGGAGGAAGUAAUAGUCGCGAAUAGAGAUGUCAACUCUUUUAAG